AUGAUAUUUCGCUGCAUUAUAUACGAUUGUUUUACAUUCCUUUAUUCUCCCGUUAAUGACAGUCCUUCUACGUUAGUUUUGUACAUUACAAAGUGCGCUCAAAAUCAGCAUGGUCUUCGCCACGGUGACUACCAGCGCUACAGACAAUACGUUGCGCGCAAAAUCAGGCGCAUGCGUAAGUCGCUACGGUUUCAGCAGGGUAACCGUUCUCGUGUUGCGCCCAAGAAGCUGACUCCUGAAAUCGUCACUGAUGCUCGCUAUCUCGUCUUAGCCGUCUUUGAAAUUGAGCGUUGUUGGGCGUAUGCAAUGCAGCUCAGGGCUGAGGCGAAUUCAGAGCCUCGCAAGCGAUUUCACAUGCUUUCACGUCUUCGUAAGGCAGCAAAAGGUGCGCAGGUGCUAAAUGAAAUCAUGGCAAAUCUGCCAAUGUGUAGCGCACAGACGAAACUGGAGUUGACAGCCUACAUUCAGUGGAUUACUGGCAUCCUUCAUUUUGAAAAGCAGGAUUGGGUGAAGGCGAAAGACUUGUUGGAGUCGGCGCAGCAAAUUUACACAGGUCUGGCAGGUUCUGUGGAUGAGGAUCUGCGGGCGAUGUACUCUGUGCGUACUGGUGAGAUUCUACCGCAGAUUCGCUAUUGCGCCUACAGCAUCGGCGAUGUUUCAGCAGCUAAGGAGUUGCAAGAAAUGCGCGCUGGUGUGGAGGGUAUCCUUGCAGAGGAGCAGUUAGAUGAUCUUCUUAAGCAGAUGCAGGCCCUGCAGGCUGGCUCCGUAACCGAGAUCACCUGGCUUGGUGUUACCAUACCUGUUAAACUGGAAAAAGCUCGGAUGGCGGUUUUGGCUCUUCAGGAAGCGGAUGAGCAGUUGACUAAACUUCCAUCUAGCUUUACUAAGGCGGCGAUUUGCGAGUCAACUUUGAGAGUUAUUGUCGAUGCAUUGGUCGCCAUUCGAGAGGAGAUACGCCGGUUGUCAAACCCUGAUGCAAUUACUUCUGCGGGUCUUCUGCUUGGACAAACCUCUCAGAAAGCUAAUGCCACUGGCAUCGAAAAGCUUCCUCGAUUGCAGCGUCUGAAUGUAUACAUGCAGUACUCGAAGUUAAAUAAAACAAUUUGGCGAACCCUUUAUCAACUGGAGACGCUCAUGUCAAACGUAGCGCCGGAGCACCACCACGCCUCAUGGAAUGUCGUCACUUCAGGAUAUCACAAGCCGCACGAGUUUGCACGACUCUACGAUAGUGUUGUGCAGAAUCUUCAUGAGGUGCUCACUCUACCCGGUGGUAUCCAAGACAACGUCGAUAUUAGGGCUCUCAUAAAGGCCAAAAUUAUCGCUUAUCAAGCUUUAAGGUGUUACUAUUUGGCUUUGGCGUACCUUAGGAGUAGUCGUUUUUUGGAGAGUUUCUCGCUUCUUCAGCGCUGCCAAGCGAAGGUGAGGGAGGCAGAAUCGAGUCUUUUAAAGGCCGAUCUUCCAGAGUCCACUGAGGCCGAGGCAGUUCCAGGCUAUUCGCGUUCUUUCAUAAUGCAGCUUCUGAGAGAUCUUGCCGACCAGAUAGGGACCGAAAUGCUCGCCUGCAAGGCUGGUUACAUGUUAGAACUCGCUGCCGGCGGAACCUCCGGUGAAUCUGUUGAUGACGCCACUGUCUCUGCCGCCACUCCCAGAGCUGUGCUCAAGGAGCCGCUGAUCAGGUCUCCGGGUGAAUUCGUUCCAGAAAAAGUGGUUUUGCGGAAACUAACUACACAGCCAGCACCACUGGUGCCCUUCCCGCUGGAGUUCGAGGCGAUUCCGGUAAAACCAACAUUCUUUGAUUUGGCCCUCAACCAUAUCAAUUUUCCAAUGCAGCCUACAAAGGAGUCGGCUUCUGUUGGCAUUACAGGCUUCAUGAAGGGUCUCAUUUGGGGGCAAACGAAGAAGUAG